AUGGACCUUUUGCGCUGGGUGACUGCUUGCAGUCGACUGCGGGCCCUCAUGUUGAAAUCGCUUGUUUACCCGUGUUUGGUGUGGGCCGCUGCCUACGCUACGCCACUGGCAGGCGAGAUGAAACAAGUUAGAGAUGCUGCGAUUCGGGUAUUUGACUGUCAAUUUUCCUUCGAAGCCCCGCGCGUCCUGAUCUUCGAACAUGUGGGGUGGAUGCUGGAGCCGCAGUGUGCUGCUGACUCUGCUGUGCUCCGCGAGGCCUGGCGCCUUCUCUGCAAGCCUCCGGCUUUUGCCCUGGAGCAGCCGCGUGACGUCCGGGGCCAGCGCUGGGAUCAGCUGUUGCCUGCUGCGCCUGACCUUCUGCGCAGAUUGGGGUGGAGCGUCGUUGAACGCCCUGACGGCUUCUUUUUCGCCUGCCGCGAUGACUUGGGAAUCUCUCGUGAGGUGCAGGUCGGAUGGGAGAGCUUUGCUGAGGUAAAGGGCUGGCUGUUUGACCAUUACCGGCAUAUUUACAUGCAGAGAUGCCAGCGUGUCUGGCGUAGCUUUCAUAGGCCGGACCCGAGCCUUGCACGAGGCCUGGAUCUUGAGCCUCCUUUGCGGGAUGUGCGCUUCAGCUUUCGUGGGCACCGUGUUGCCAUGCAUGAGGCGACCACUCCUUAUAUGCGACGGGCCGCUGCUGUCACGGGAGGCUCGUGCUGGUUCUUUACGGCCGGGCAGGGGUUGAACGAGCAGCACCGGCGCAUGCAUUGCCUCUGCGGCGCUACUGCUCCGUCGCGACCACAUGUGACCUGGGUUUGCGAGUGCACCGAGGCGCUCCGACGGGACCAUCCCCCGCCGACGACGCGAGCGGAGGAGCGCAUGUUUGCAAAGUCGACUCCCUUGAAGCCUCCGGCGCCUACCUCCUCUCACUGUGGAGCUUUUCGGGCGGACUUAGAUACUGCUUUCCGUGCUGCGCUCGGCUCGGGCCGGAGCAGGAUUUAUGUGGCUACUGAUGGCUCCAGCCAUCGAUCUGUCGGAGCUUUUGCCGUGGUGAUUGGUGAUCCGUCUUGUGCCUAUGCCAUGGGUACUGGGGCAGAGGACCAAUCCCCGUAUCGGCAAGAAGUGCUGGCCCUCCAUGCGGCAUUUGAGUCGAUCCACCGGGUGUGGAGUGAGGGCUGCGAGAAGUGCAUCUUUCUCUUGACUGACUGCAAAGCUGCCCUGACGGCCAUCUCGGGCCAUGGUGAUGAUCCCUUUAAGUUGGGUCUCUUGCUGAGGGACGCGCGCCGUCUCUGGAAGGAGCUGGAGAGGCGCGGCUGUGCUAUCUCCUUGAUUUGGGUGCCGUCACAUAAUAAGCACCCCCGCUGGAGACCCUCGCCGGAUCAUGAUGCGGAUGUGCUCCGCGCCUUUAACCAUGCUGCAGAUCAGGCGGCGGGCAACUGCAUGCAAAACAGACUCUCGGGCUCUCUCAGGGAGCGAUGGCAUCAGCAGUGUGAUCAGGCUCGGGAUUGGGAGCUGACUACCAUCCGGCUUGCGGCAGCUGCUGCCGAGAAGCUGGACAAACAUGUGAAGAGCGUUCCUCUUGAUGAUGCUGAGCCCGAAGGGGCUAGGCCCUGA